UCUAUGGGCCACUAUAGCAUACCGAGGUGUUGUUAGCACUAUGAGUGCGUCGAAAAUUUAGUGUAGUUCGUUGCUUGGCCGUGUAUGGUAGCAUAUUUCGGUUAAUCUAUAUAGAGAAUACAAAAUAUUAGAAAUAUAAAGUCGUCGAAAAUUUUCGGUACUUAGCGCAAACAGUAAAAGGUCGUCUAUAAAUAAAAGGCGCAAAGAACGUAGUGAAAAGUUAGUUACUGAAAUUCCACAAAAGUGUCAUCAAGUGCGGCGAGAAAAACUGUCUUUACGAAAAAAAUAAAAAAAAAUAAUUUCGUAAAAAAGCAAAAACCGUGACAAAAGCGAACACUUGGAUUAUCGCUCACGGUGCAGCUGCUGAAGGAAGAAGUUUACGUGAAAAAAAAUAACAAAAAAAAAAUGCCAAACAAAAUCAAUUAAAUACUGCUAAAAAAUUUGUGAAAAUUUUGAAAACAUCAAAAAUACUGUUAAAAUUUUUACGCAUAUUUUCCGGGCAUUAAAAGGUGAUUUGACCAAAAAUAUCUUGAAAAAAAAACGCUUCAAAGUGGAAAACUGGCAAUGAAUUAAAGAAAUUAUCCAAAACUGCUCUGCGUCAACAAUGAAAAAGAAAUUAUAAAUCAAUCAGAUUGUAAUUAGUGUGAUUUGCAUGUCUCUGCAUGUGCGUGGGAAAUAUUGAAGAAAUCAAACAAAAUAAAUUGCAUGACAAUUGAUUUUUAAUGUGGAAGCGCUGCUGUUGCUCGAGAGUUGAAAAAGCAAUGGAACGCCGCUUAUAAAACUCAACUCAACUUACAUACAUUCAUACAUUGUACUCGUGCAUAGUAGUACUACGCGUGUCGUGCAACAACACCAAUAAGCUGUAGAAGAAUAACCAAAAGCAGUCGAUUGACGACUGUGUCACAACAACAACAACAACAACAACAACAACAAAAAAAAAACGAAAGAGUCAAAACAACAGAACACCGGGAAUACAAAAUGUUGCAACUAAAAAGCAUUUCCCACACACUUAUACUCUCCCUCUGCCUCGCGUUGCUAUUCAUCGCCACCGCAAGCGGUUUAGCCAACUGUCCACCCGGCUGUCAGUGUGAUGACAAUACAUUGGUCGUACAGUGUGGUGCGGGCCAGUUGGAUGUGCUGCCCAUUGCGCUCAAUCCGUCCAUACAACGUUUGGUCAUACGCAACAACAAAAUCAAGACAAUCGACUCCUCAAUACAAUUCUACGCUGAAUUGACAUUCCUCGAUUUGUCUUCGAAUCACCUGAUGACCAUACCGCAGCGUACGUUUGCCUAUCAGAAGAAACUGCAGGAGGUGCAUUUGAAUGAUAAUAAGAUUGGCGCAAUCAGCAAUAAGACUUUUAUUGGUCUCUCUGCGGUGACGGUGUUGAAUUUACGUGAAAACUUAAUAUCGGAAUUGCAUUUGGGCACCUUUACGCCGUUGGUUAAGUUGGAAGAGUUGAAUUUGGGUAAGAACCGCAUUGGCUUUGUGGAUCCCAAAGCAUUUGAUGGUCUGACGCAAUUGCGUAUUUUGUAUAUGGACGAUAAUGCAUUGACCUCGGUGCCCGAUCCGGUUAUCUUUCAAGCAAUGCCGAACUUGGCGGAACUCUUUCUGGGCAUGAACACUUUGACGACUUUGCCUGCUGCGGCAUUCCAGGAUGUGCCGGCUUUGACGCGACUCGAUUUGCGUGGCGCUGGUUUGCGUAAUAUCUCGCAUGAUUCGUUUAGGGGUUUGGAGGCGUUGCGUCAGUUGGAUUUGUCCGAUAAUCGUUUGACGCGUGUGCCGACCUUCAGUCUUAGUCAGUUGGCGCGCUUGGAGGAGUUGUCGUUGGGUCAAAACGAUUUUGAGGUGAUUGUGGAGGGCGCUUUUGUGGGUCUCAAGCAGCUGAAACGUUUGGAAAUUAAUGGUGCUUUGCGUUUGAAACGCAUAAUGAAUGGCGCUUUUUCGACCAACGGUAAUUUGGAGUAUUUGAAUCUUUCCUCGAACAAAAUGUUGCACGAGGUGCAGGAAGGCGCACUUAGCGGCUUGCCCAACAUGCGUCACGUCAUCUUGAAGGCAAACGCGCUCACUUCACUGGCCGAGGGUCUGUUUCCAUGGCGUGAUUUGACCACACUCGAUUUGUCCGAGAAUCCCAUCUCUUGCGACUGUCGCGUUAUGUGGUUGCGUAAUUUGUUGGUGGAGAAGAAUGGCACGAAUGAUGCAAUCUCUGAAGUUUACUGCGCUUUCCCCGAUCGUCUGCAUGGCGAGGCGCUACGUAAUCUCAAUCCUGCGCUCAUGGGCUGCACACACACCGAUCCACGCAAACAGGCUUUGAUUGGCGCACUACUAGUCGGCUCCGCGGCCACACUUACUGCUUUGGCGCUCAUACUCUACCGCUGUCGCCGCAAGAUACGCGAGUACAUUAGCAGCGGCGUUUGGGGUAACUCGGCUUUGGGUCGCAAGGAACGUGAGUAUCAAAAGACUUUUUGCGAUGAGGAUUAUAUUACGCGCCAUCAGCAUCAUCCCUGCAGUCUGGGCAUACAUUCGACCUUCUCCAACACCUACACACCACAUCAUCCCGCUGCACGCCACUACGGUUUCUGCACCAUGCCCACCACCAACGAUCUGAACGCACCGGACGCACAGAAAAAUCUACAACAGCUGCAAGUGCCCACCGCCACGGUGUUGAACGAGAAAAAAGCCUUACAGUCGGGCAUGAACAUCGACGACUGCACGCCCUACUCGCUACGUAUUAAGCCCUGCAACGGCAGCGCUAUGAUGGAAGCGCAGCAGAGCGUGAACCAUUACACGAAACCGCAAUUCGCACACGCCGCCGUUACAUUGGAUGUGGGUGAGUCGUGCUACUCGUACGCCGAUGUACCAAUGAUGCAUUCGCCUGGGGUAAAUACAUGUGAAGCACGCCAACACCAGCUGCGUCUCACGCAAGAGCACUUCAGUCAACAACAACAAAAGCAGCUACAACAACAGCUACAGCAGCAGCAGCAACAACAACAACAACAGCUGCCGUUACAUUAUGGCACUUCGUCACGUAGCGAUUGUGAUGCGUCUAGCGAGGUAAUGGAUGCCAAUUACAUUUACAGCAACACACACUACUCACUGCCUUUGGAGCAGGGACGUUGCGCCAAAACGCCUACUCCACCACCACUGCCGCCAGCACUGCCGUUACGUAAUGGUGUUGCGACCACAGGUCGUCGCUCCUUUAUGGGUGCUGCUAAUGCACAGAAGCAGCAACAGCAACAACAGCAUCAGCAGGGCAACAAUACCAUGCGUAAUCCACACUGAUCGCAGGUGUUUAGUGUGGGUAAUGAGCUGCCGCUGGCGGUCCGCUAUCCCACCUAUCAUCAUCCGAAGCUGAGCUUAUACGCUUAGUGGGCGCCAACUGUGAUGUGACCGAGUGUCGUCGUUGUGUGUAAGCGAUUUGUAUAGGCGUGCGAAAGUGUAUGUGUGUGUGCGUGUGUGUGAGCGUGACGGUGUGUAGGAGAGAUAAAGAGAUAGAAUUUCAAGUAUUACUACAACUAACGAGGACCCUAAGUACAUAAAUAGAAAACCAACGAAUUAUAUAUAGUAACAUAAGUAACUAUGAAAUUAUUAAUUAUGCGGUAAAAGACAGUAUACUUACUUACUUAUACAUAUACAUAUGCAUAGGUUAAGUUCAUGCACCUAAAAGUAUGCUUUGAAGUGGCAGGCAAAAAUGCGCUUAUUGUUUUUGAAAUUCAAUUUUAAAAUCAAAAUGAAAUUUAUAAAAGCGUCACAGAUACAAUUUAAAAUAUUUAUUAAAGCCCAAACUAACGGUUUUAACUUUCUAUUAACGAAAAGCGCAACAAAACGGAGGACAAACAUUUAUUUAAAUUUGUAAAUAGCACAAAGAAUAGUCUAACACUUACUUGCAUAGUACAUAAGCAUUUACUGUUAUUAUAUUUUUUUAUUUUAUUAUUAUUUUGUAAACAGCACUGAAUUAAAAUAAUGGUAAAUGUAUAUUUAAGAGAAAAUUGUACUUAUUUAAAACAGCUAAAGCAGCAAUGUAAAUUAUUUUAUAUUUAAAAUUAAAAAACUUGUUUAGUUGGU